AUGAAGACACAGCUCCAGGCAGUGUCGCUGCGAAUGCAGACGGUUCGUAGUAACCAGCAGAUGAUGCAGUCCAUGAAAGGAGCUACUCAACUGCUGGGUGCCAUGAACAGACAAAUGAAUCUUCCUGGACUACAACGGAUUGCCAUGGAAUUCGAGAAAGAGAACGAUAUCAUGGACCAGCGUCAAGAAAUGAUGGACGACGCCAUAGACGAUUCAAUGGAGAACGACGAGGAAGAGAGCGAGGAGAUUGUCAACCAAGUACUCGACGAAAUAGGCAUUGAUCUCAGCCAGUCGCUACAAGAGGCUCCCUCAGGACUCGGUGCACCAACCGGGGUCCAAGAAACCCGUGUGGCCCAAGCCGUUGGCGGUUCUGGCACCGGAUCCACCGAAGACGACGACCUCCAAGCCCGUCUCGACAGUCUCAGACGGUAA